AUGGAAAAUACUGAACCGGAAGCUAUGAAAAGUCAUGAAUCUGGGCGACAACCAAAGCGCCGGAAGAUUGCCGUUGCAUGCGAUGAUUGUCGGAUGAAAAAGGUGCGCUGUGAUGGCGUUCAACCUGUCUGUGGACCAUGUAGUAAGAGGUCGAGCCCGACCUGCGUCUACACUGGUGACCUAGAAAAGAAACGCGCCACUCAGUCAUACAUAUCUCGCCUGGAGGGUCGAAUCAAAGAGCUUGAGAGCCCGGAUCGGGCUGAAAGGAGUGUGGUUUUAGAUCUGCAAUCGACUUCAAACGUUCCUUCUUUUACAUCUGGUGGUGAGCAUUCGGCGACGUCUGCUGAUAUCCCUCGAAAGGCCCAAUGCCUCACUCCGUUAGCUCCGCCCAGGAAUGGAAGGGAUGGCGUCAAUGCGAUGAUGGGGGCUGUGGAAGAAGGACGAACUAGCCAAGGCUUCUUUGGAAGUUCUAGUGCCGCUGGAUUCAUGCGUCAAAUAAAAACUGCGAUAGACAAGAGGAUAUCUUCGCCAGACAUGCAGCGCUCAGCUCCAGACUCAGCUCUCCGCUCAAACCUACUAUCCACAUCUGAUGACCGCGUCCCUGCAGAAACAGUACACCACCAAGAUUAUAUUUUGCCACCGAGAAGAACUGCCGACCGGUUGAUGAAUGUAUACUGGGAUUAUGUCUUUCCGCUGUAUCCCUUUGUCGACAGUGCUUCUAUGAGAUCUGAAUACCAGAAGGUGUGGGAUGGAGAGACUCUGCAAGUCGAUGAGCAUAUGGUGAUGUGCACAUUCAACGUGAUUUUUGCUCUGGCUAGUCAACUAUCUGAUUUCAUCCCACCUGAAGAGCGAGAGACAUCUGCGAAUGUUUUCUUCUCUCGAGCGAAGGACUUGUUCCAAUUUAAUUUAUGGGACACAGGCUCGGCUGGCUUGAUACAAUGUUUGCUCCUCAUGGCACAGUAUUUACAAAGCACCGACUCAGCACAUCAGUGCUGGAUCGUGACAGGCUUAGCCAUUCGGAAUGCUCAAAGUCUGGGUUUACAUCUACCUCAGACAACCAAUAACCUCGGAAGCUUUCACAAGCAGCAAAUCGCACGGAAACUGUGGCAUGGUUGUGUUUUGAUGGAUAGGGUGAUUUCCAUGACAUUUGGCAGACCUGCAAUGAUUUCACGAUAUUCAAGUGGUGCAGUGCCACUGCCUGAGGCUGUUGAUGACGAAAUAUUACAAGCUGGCAUCGCCUCAGAGCCUACACAACCCCCUGAAAAACCAUCUGUGAUGGCAUUCUAUGCAAAGUCUUUGGAGCUAUAUGAAAUUAUGAACGACGUACUAUUGAGCCUUUACAAAUCUACACCCGACGAAAGUAUGGAGGAUAUGCACGAUUUCUACUUUAACAGUGGUACUAAUGAAGGCGAUCGCACAAUAUUUGAGCUCGAUCGAUCUCUGUCUCGUUGGACGCGAAAUCUUCCCGCCCAUCUUCAGCAAUGGCCCAAUGUCAAUUCUGAAAAUUCAAUUUUUAUGCGACAAAGUAUUGUUUUAAGGGCACGUUUUCUUCACGUGCGCAUACUGUUAUUUAGGCCCAUUUUGUCCAAAUAUUGCGCAUCGCGCGAGAACAGCAUCAACUUUUCAUUUAUACAAGAGUCCUUCCCUCACCGGGUUGCUUUACAAUGCUCCAUACUAUGUGUGCGAGCUGCGCAGGAAUCCAUUGGCUUAAUUCACAGGAAUAUCCCAAAAGAUGAGACUGGUGGUCCACUUCCUGCAUGGUGGUAUAACAUCUUAUACGUCUAUACCUCCGCAACCGUUCUGAUUGCGGGUCAGUUGUGCUCAGAGAUCAAGAAUGAGAUUACAAACGAUGCGAUUUCUUAUUCCUUGAACAGCGCUUUGGAGAUACUGCGGAAGUAUCAAGGCUAUAGCAAGUCAGCUAGGCGCUGUGUGGCUGCCCUUGAAAUCCUUUAUGAACAGGUGGUAUCUUCACACCAGUCCCCUAUGGAUGAUGUUUUUGACCAUGAACUUGCUACUAAUACGAUGCUGCACAACAUGCAAUUUGGAGGCGAUAUGAGCACAGCUUCAUUGGAAGGGUUUGAGAUGCCAGACUUUCAGGACAUGUCUUGGUUAAACAGUGUGCCUAAUAACCUACUAUAG